GUUAAGAUUUAUCUACAGACUCCAUGUCUUGUAAUAUUUAGAUGCAAAAUAGAUAAUGAGCUUUAGGUAAUCACAUUAUGGUGAUUAUACCUUUCUUUGGAUUGUUUUCCAAAACUUGUGGAUUUUUUAAGAUCAAGCUUUAAGCUUAAAACUAUCAUAUAUGUAAUGGUAAUGAAAUAGAAAAAUACUUAUUUUAUAUAAUCAAGUUUUAAUUAAACUUGUAUAUAACUAUCAAACUUGUGGAUUUUUUAUGCAAAUUAUUUUAUAUAAUCAAGAUUUAAUUAAACUUGUAUAUAAAACAUAGAAAAAUACUUAUCUUAUAAAGAGAAAAGCAUCAGCGAUGAGUGUUCCAACUCUUCAUGUUUCUCGACAUCUUACAUGGUUUCUUUCUCUUUUACAAAGAAUAAAUAUUCCUGAAAUACUUAUAAUUUGCUCAUAUAAAAUGACUAUUGAUAUGUUAGUAAACAUAAGUAUUUAGAUAUAACAAUAUAUGAGAACCAAGAACCACUCACGUAUAAAACAGUAUCGAUUGGUGGAAUAUAAAUUAAUGAGAACCAAGAACCACUCACGUAUAAAACAAUAUCAUUUAUUGUAUUGACAGCAAUUAGGUCAAACUCAGACUCAUAUCUUAUUGCUACAAAGUAUAUAUAUGUGAAUAAACCUAAACAAUAAGUGUAAACGAUCAUUACUAAUGAAUUAAGUAAUGAAACAAUAACCAUAUGGCUAAUAAAGUAGCUAUAGGUUCAACAAGAAUGAUUCGUAGGUUUUGAUUGUAGCUAUAGGUUCUAACUUUUAGUACACAGUUUCAACAAUAAAAUAGUCAAGAUAGCUAUUAGUUAUAUAAUUACAUGUUGUAUGAAAUAACAGUGGCAAUAUGCAACCGUAUGAAAGUAUAGGUUAAUAACAAUACAAAAUGUUAAGCGUAGGUUUAUAGCAAUACUACGAAUGAACACUAACACGUUUAAGAAUUACGUGAUGACAUGUGAAACAUAUAAUAAAAUCUAAAGCAAACACAAGCUAUUAUGAAAUCAAACACAUACAAAUAUAAAAUAUAACAAAUUAUUAUGAAAUCAAACACAUACGAAUAUAAAAUAUAACAAAUUGCGCGUUAGCUUGUCGACAAGGUCUCACUUUGAUCGAAUGAUUUUUUCUUUCCUUGAAACAAGGGCAAAUCAAUAUUGUCGACUGAAACUUUUAAACUCAAUCAAAAUCAACAUGUUGAUAACUAUAAAUCCCACUCUCACAAACCAUGAAUUGAUAAUAAGAAUUAUUAGAGAAGGAUUGAACAUAGAUUAUAGCUAUUAACAUAAAAUAAAAAUAUGUACCUAUUAGCCCAAAAUCGCUUGAGUUUCAUGCUGAUAACAUGUUAUAAGUAAGAAGAGAAGAAUUGGUGUAUCCUAUUCCAUGAAUAAUGAAUCUUUUAUAUAGGAUUACAAUAGCUUGGGAACAAAGUCACUUAGAGAACAAGUAAAUUUUGAAGAACAAACAUAUCUAAGACUAGCCAUAAUGUCAUUACCACAAUAUUCAUAACAAUAUUUACCAAAAAAAUUAAAAGCCGGGUGAUCACAAAAUUUAUGUUAAUUUUCUUUUAAUUUUUAGAUCAUAUAUGCUAAGACAAAGGAAAUUGACAACAAAAAAUGGUAAGAAAAAAAAAGAAAAGAAACUUUUAAUUAAAAUUAAGGAAUAAGAAUAUUCUCAUAGUUAGUGUUAAAUUAAAUGUUAAUUCGAAUUAAUGAUUCACGAGCAUAUAUUGUUUCACUAUAUAUAAAGAACCAAUAUUCUAAGAAUAAUACGUACCAGAAAGAUAAAUGGAUUCUCUAAAACAUCAUAUAGUUUUCUUCAUCACGAUGAUUAUGUUCAUGAAUGCAACCAUGUCCUGUGCGCAAAAGACAACAGUGGUGAUUCAUAAUGAUCUUGGAAGUGGAUUAUCGUUAGGCUACCACUGUCAGUCGGGGGACAAUGAUCUUGGAUACGGGGGUCUGGGAGUAGGUGGAUCAUGGUUCUUUCGCUUUAAACCUGAUAUUUUUGGUCGUACUUUAUUCUUUUGCAGAUUUAGUUGGGGAAACGAAUCACAUUAUUUCGAUAUAUAUAAGCAAAAAAGAGAUAAAGAGUUUGAGAAGUUUGGAUGCACACACUGUGAGUGGAAGAUACGUAAGAAUGGUCCUUGCAAGCUUAACAAAAUCAAUAACAUGUUUGAUGUCUGUCUUCCUUGGAAUUCUUGAAUUUUUCAACAGUUUUAAUAUCUAUACGUAUUAUCUAAUAGCGUAUUAUACUCUUAUUAAAGUUGUGUUACGAAUAAUAAUAUGGAAGAGGAUUUUUUUGUAAAGUAAUGAAAUAAGAAUUGUUUGAGAGUUUGUGUACGUCAGCUACAGUGAGCUCUUGUUAAAGUUACGUUUAUUAACCACCAUAUUUGUGUAUUUUAUUUACAAAAAUAAAUAAAAAUAUUUGUGUAAGUUACCAAUCCUCGACCAAAAAUGUGUUGUAAAAUCAUAUUUCCAUGUUCUAUAAUCGGAAAUUUAGAAUAUAAUGUAAUUUAGAACAUAAUGUAGUUUUUUUUAAACUAGGGGUGGGUAUAUUAACAAGAACCAAAGAAUUGAACCAAAACUUAACCAGACUUAAAAAAUAUCUGAAUGGUUCCAAGUUUUGAGAACUAAAAAAAUCAGAACCGAACAAAACUGGGAUAUUUCGGAUAACUGAAUGGAGCUAAAAAUAUACAAAAAAACUAAAAAUAACUUAAAUUAUCAAAAAUAUAGCAAAAAGAACAAAUAUGUCCUAAAA